GGCGAUGCGACAGGGGCAGACCUGGUAUCCCCCCCCCCCUUCCCUCCCCCUUCCGGUCAGCCCGGCCACGCUGACCCCCCAGCCUGCGGAGAAUGCAAGAAACGGCGCGUGUCCGGCCAGUGCUCCUACAAGCCUGAGGACAUGCCUCCCCCCCGGUAGGUUUGGGUCUGUCCUUCCCGUGGCCGGUGGGCCCAUACCCAUACUGAUGCGGUGAUGCCCCCCCUCCCCCAGCUCGCACAAGCGGACCAAGAUGGCCCACGCGCCGGACGACACCAUGGAGGUGGUCGUCCCCCUCCCGUCGUCCGAGCUGCGGCCCCGAACCCGCGAUUAUCUUCCCAACGCCCUGGUCGGUCAGUCGCGCGAGAAGCGCGGGGCCGAGAACCGCCCUCGUCCUGCCCCCCCCCGCCGCGAUCGCGACGACUCGGUCGAGAUAUACUCCGUCUCCUCGGACCAGAGCUACCAGACAGCCACUCACUCCCCGCCCUCCGGCAUCAACGCGCACAUCUCUCGCCUGCAGAAUGCUGUCGACGACCGGACGGGCCGGUUCAAGGCCGAGGCCUCCGUCGAGCAGGACCUGUUUGCCCUGCGCCCCCCCGGCCUGGCCAACGGGCCGCGCUCCGACGCCCGCGACACCAGCAUCGCCGAAUCUCCCGCCCAGCUGCCCUCGGACCUGAUGGAGAAUCUGAUCGCGACCUAUCUGGGCCGGGAGUAUGUGAACGGCCCCAUCUUCGACCUGGCCGAGUUCCAGGCCGCCUGCGACGAGGUGGGCGACAUCCACAACGUCGCCGCCGGGUCGAGUGGCUUCCAUGCCAUCCUCAUGAUGGUCCUCAGCCUGUCCGGGCUGCGAUACAGCCGCAUCGACGAGGGCUACCUGGAGUCGCUCUUCAAGCACGCCCAGCGACUGACCAGCGCGUCGGACUGGUCGGACAGCCCUUGGAUGCGCGUCCAGUGCCUCUUCCUCCAGGGCCAGUAUCUCUACGCGACCGGCAAGCCCAAGCAGGCAUGGGCCCUGGUCGGGUACGCCCUCCGCUCCAUGCAGCUCCUGGGACUCCAGUCCAAGGCCGGCGGGCCCAGCGGCCGGGAGCGGCAGCAGCGCGAACUGGGCCGGAGGCUGUGGCACAGCGCCGUCAUCCUGGAGCGGAUGCUGGCGCUGCAGAUCGGCAUCCCGCCGCAGAUCGCCCACCCCCUGCAAGUCCCCUUGCCGACGCACUUGGAUACUGACUACAUUGAUUCCGUCUCGGGCGGGUCGCCCAGCGCCGGCGGGGACCGGCCGUCCGUCAUCGAGUUCCUGCUCGCGUGCGCCCGGCUGUACGGCCACGUGGAGGGCAUCAUGGCGUGGGAGACGGAAGCGCGCGUGCGCCACGAUAGCUGCGCCGCGAAGAAACUCCUGGCGCUGGACGUCGCGCCGUUCCUCAAGGCGGACGCGCUCCUGUACGACUGGCAGGUCUCCUUGCCCUCGUUCCUGCAGGCCGACGGCGAGUUCGAGCCCUCGGACGACCCGAUCGUCCGGCGACAGUGCGACAUCCUCCGCGCCCGCUCCCUGUACAUCCGCCUCCGCCUGUACCGGCCCCUGCUGGCGCUGGGCCUGGCCCUGCCGGCCAAGUGCAGCUGCCGCCCGGGGGGGCACCCGCACAUGACGGGCACGGAGGCGGGAUCGACGGACUCGCCGAUGGUGUACAACAUGGUGCGCGACACGUCGAUCAAGUGCGCGGCGGUGGCGAUGGAGCUGGUGGACGCGAUCGAAGAGAACGAGGACGGGCUGCUGGACGGCGGGGACGACGAUACGUGGCGCAGCUCGGGGACGCCGUACUGGGAGAACGUGGACUACCUGUACGCGUGCGGGACGGUGGUGCUGGCGGCGAAGCUGCUGACGCCGGAGUUCAACAACCCGCGGCUGAUCAGCGCGCUGCGGCUGAAGAAGUGCUGGGCCAAGGUGCUCUCGCUGCUGCGGCAGUACCGCGACCUCCGGCCCACGGGCGGCCCCCUCGCCAAAGCCGCGCGGGUGUGCCAGAACACGCUGGAGAGCCUCGCGGAGGCGCUGGAGCGCAGCGCGGCGGGCAACGCGACGGCGGGGCUGGACGAGGAGACGCGCAGCCGACUGACGGAGCGCACGAUGGACACGCCGGCGCGCAGUCGCGGGGGGCCGAAGAACCCGCCGGGCAGUCACCGGGUGUAUCUGGGCUGGAUUGAGAGCUUGCCGGUGGAUUUGGAUGGCGAGGUGGAGUGAGCGCGAUCGUUUUGAUACCCGGCGUUUGGCAUGACUCAGCAGGGUAGAUAUUCCUACAUCCUGGCUGUUGGUUUUUGGCAUGAGAUAGAUUAUCC